UCGCUAUUGGUGACGCUGGCGAGGCCAUGCACUCGCUCAAGCGCUCUGCGGAACGGCUUCUUGCACCAACGGUCAUCUUUCUCAUUUAGCACCGCGUCUGGAAAGCUUUUGCAAGGUCUCUCGCGGUCAACACCGUCACUCUCUUCACUUGCUUCACGGACAUGGAAUACUCAUUCAGGCAACAAUAGUAAAAUUCUUAGCCUUCGCAGAGGAUAUUCUGCCAUACGCGUACCGACCACAAUUCCUGGACGCAUUAUGCAACCGCGAUUCUUCUCUGCUAAUCCGACCAUCCAAUCCCAAUCCGGCACUGAGAACGCGUCUGACCCUCCCGUCCUUACCCCUCCAUCCGUCGGAUACUGGCUUAUGUUUACUACUCUUAUGAUCUAUGGCGUCAUCGUCGUUGGAGGAGUUACCAGACUCACCGAAUCUGGUCUGAGCAUCACCGAAUGGAAACCCGUUUCUGGGAUUAUACCACCGUUGUCUGAACAAGAAUGGGAAGAAGAAUUUGCGAAGUACAAGGAGACUCCGGAAUUUAAAUUGCUCAACUCGAACUUUACCGUGGAUGACUUCAAGCGCAUAUUCUACAUGGAAUGGGGUCAUCGCGUUCUCGGACGGCUAAUAGGCAUUGCUUUCGUCGGACCUCUAGCAUAUUUCGCAUUACGAAGGAAAAUAACGCCAAGUAUGACGAAACACUUCUCCGGCUUAGCCGUGUUACUCGGACUUCAAGGCGCGCUGGGUUGGUUCAUGGUGAAAUCCGGCCUAGAAGAUUCAAUUAUGCAUACUCCAGGAGCUGUCCCGCGCGUUUCGCAUUACAGGCUUGCGGCUCAUCUAGGCGCAGCUUUCGUGUUGUAUGCAGCGAUGUUUAUUACUGGGCAUAAUAUCAUCCGGGAUUGGAAGUUCGUGCAAAUGGGAACGUGGAGUGGACUUAGUGGAUCUGCUUGGGAGAACGUACUCCACCAGCCGCUGGUCAGGAGCUUCAGAACGAAGGCUUGGGCACUUGCUGCACUGGUCUUCUUGACAGCUAUUUCUGGUGCCUUCGUUGCUGGUCUCGACGCAGGACUCCUCUACAAUGAAUUUCCACUAAUGGGCGGCCGCCUUGCUCCUCCAAGCGACGAGCUCAUGAAUCCCUCAUAUGCAACUCGCCCAGACAAGUCGGACAUGUGGUGGCGAAACAUCUUCGAAAACCCGACGACCGUACAGUUCAACCACCGCGUGCUCGCGAUAACAACAUACACUGCAACCGGGAUUCUGUACGCUCUAUCACGCAGGCCUGCGCUUAGGGCUGCACUCCCACCUGCAGCUCUCCGCGUUGCUACGGGAACAUUUGCUGUUGCGAACCUUCAGGUUUUGCUUGGAAUAAGCACGUUAUUGUACCUUGUACCUGUCCCUCUUGCUGCUGCACACCAGGCUGGGAGCGUGGCACUUCUUUCGAUGGCGAUCGUGCUGGCUUUGACACUUCGUAAACCGGGAGCCGUUGCUCAGCUUUGGAGGCGGAGAGCGCAGACAAUGGCUUCAAAACAAUCUAAACCGUAAACCAUUUUCGAACUAUCUUAACAAGGGUUCUAGUUGUCACCUUUUGUAUUUUAGUUUGUCAUAAUACCACAC